GUCCAUUCAGUCGGCGUCUCUUCUCUUCUUCCUCGACCGCCGCGGCGUAGGCGUACCGUACCUUCUCUUCUUCCUCCUCUCCUCCUCGCCGGCGGAAGGGAAGAAGCGCUGCACGACGGCGCUGCGCUCGACAGCACGGAACCAAUCCCAGUGCUCGCGCCCUCCAAUGCUCGCCCGCGCGCGGCGGAGCGAACACGACGGAGAGGAACGAACCUUUCUGCUUCUAUGCUCUUCACUAGCCGCAAUCCCACCGGCACGUGAUUGGUCGAUGGCCAUCCAAGAGGAGGGAGAGCGGGCUGGAUCAGCGGACGCGCCGCUCACUGUCGGAUUGGCGCUCGGCGGUUCCAAAUCCAGCACCUACGUCCUCCAAUGGGCUCUCGCCAAGUUCGCCAGCGGCAAGGACAAGGACGAGAACAAGUCCGCCCCUACCUUCAAGCUCAUCCAUGUCCUCACCCCAGUCCUCACCGUACCCACACCACUAGGGAACUACCCGGUUGAUAAAGUGCGCCCCGAAAUCGCCGAUACCCAUGCCAAGGAAGUGCAGGUUCAGGCGCAAGAAAUGCUACUCCAGUGCAGAAACAUGUGUGAUGAGAACAAGGUUGAAGUUGAAGUACUGCUUGUUAAGGGUAAUGAUGUGGGGGAUGCCAUUUCCAAUCUUGUCGCUCAGUACCAGAUACAGGUCCUCGUCGUCGGUAAUACUACCAGCAGGUGCGCCUUCACUAGGAAAUCCAGUCGAAAUAAGACGUCCUCCAAGAUCUGCAAGAGUGUCCCCAGCUCUUGCACUACAUAUAUUGUUUCAAAGGAUGGAUUAUCUUCAGUUUAUUCCCCUGGACUAGGAAGUGACACGUCCGACAGCCAAGUACAUUCAGGCGAAAUGUCGCCGAGAUCAGAUUUGAAUGACAGUUCAGGACGAACUCUGCUUGGUCUGCCAAGUCUUCCUCGCUCCAACUUGGCAUCAGAGAACCUCAAAAGUAGUUCAUCUUCCAAACAUGAUGGCUCAUUUACUCUAUAUGAUUAUCUCAGUGGAUCUGCAUCAGUAUAUGCUGACCAGGACAGAACAAUUACCUCAUGCACUGAUGGUGAAAGCUCUAUAUCAAGUAAAGUGCAGGCUUCAGACAAGGUGCCGACACAAGGGAGUUCACUGCAGGCAUUAAUGCUUUCAGACAAGGUGCCAACACAAAAAAACUCACUGCAGGGAUUAAUGCUUUCAGACAGUAAGGAUGAUGUAAAUACAGAGCUCGAAAAGCUGAGGCUAGAACUGAGACAUAUACAGGGGACAUACAAACUUGUCCAGGAUGAGUCUGUCGAUGCAUCUCACCAGGUGGUUGAAUUGGCUGCAAUGCGCGUGGAAGGUAAGGCUCAGUUAAGAGAUAUACAGUCCAGGGUGGAUAAGGCCAAUGAUGAAGUACAGGAAGACAAGGCCCAUAGAUGUGCCACAGAGGAGGUAGUCACCCAUUUUAAGGAUCUUGUAAGAGCAGAGGUUAUGCAGAAAAAUAGGCUGCUGAUAAAGGCAUCAAAGGACGCUGAUCAGAAGUCGAGGUUGGAGGAGCUCUUUGUACUUCGUGGCAACUUGUACUCGACAUUCACUUGGGAGGAGAUCGAUAACGCCACAUCAUCAUUCUCAGAAUCACACAAGAUCGGAACUGGAUCUAAUGGAACAGUAUACAAGGGCCAUCUCAAACACUUAGAUGUAGCAAUAAAGAUCCUCCAUUCUGAUGAUAGCUCCAGUACCAAGCAUUUCAACCAAGAGCUUGACGUUCUGCGCAGGAUACGCCACCCACACUUGUUGAUGCUCCUCGGAGCCUUGCCAGACAGGGGCUGCUUGGUGUAUGAGUACAUGGAGAAUGGUAGCCUCGCGGACAGGCUACAAUGCAUAAAUGGCACACAACCAAUCCCGUGGUUUCACCGCUUCUGCAUUGCCUGGGAAAUUGUUUCAGCCCUAGUGUUCCUGCACAGCACAAAGCCCAACCCAAUCAUCCAUCGCGACCUUAAGCCUGAAAACGUCCUCCUUGACCGCAAUCUAGUCAGCAAGAUUGGUGAUGUGGGCUUGUCAACACUUGUCCCAUUGAAGGAUUCUUCAUCAAGUGGUACAAUGUACAAGAAUACUGGUCUGGCAGGCACAUUGUUUUACAUAGACCCAGAGUACCACAGGACUGGGCAAGUGUCGGUGAAGUCUGACACGUACGCGCUUGGGAUGGUGAUCCUUCAGCUGCUGACGGCAAGGUCACCAAUUGGAUUACCUGAACUAGUGGAGCGGGCAGUGGAAGAUGGCCAGCUUAUGGAUGUAUUGGAUGGGAGCGCAGGGAAUUGGCCCGCGAAAGAAGCGUACGAUCUAGCUCAUCUAGGCCUCAGCUGUUUGGAAAUGCGGAGCAAGGACCGGCCUGACCUCAAGAAUAUGGUGGCGGUAGAACUAGAACGGCUGAAGAAUAUUGCGGGUGCGGCAUCGGAGCCAGUGCCAGGGCCACCCAGCCACUUCGUGUGCCCAAUACUCAAGGAGGUGAUGCAGGACCCAUGCAUUGCUGCGGAUGGACACACGUAUGAGCGCAACGCGAUUCUGAUGUGGCUGUCCAAGCAUGAACUGUCACCGGUGACGAAAGCACUGUUGCCUAACAAGACGUUGGUGUCUAACCAUUCUCUUCUGAGUGCGAUCUCAAGCUGGAGGUCCCAGGGGGGAGGCCUUUGAUUGGUAAUUAGUCAGUCUAACUGCACAUAUCAGAGAAGGGUAAUAUGGAUGGUGUAGAGAGUUGUUUUUGCCUGUUUGUCUGUCUGUUUAUAGGUCCGUGUCAGCUUCUGCAUAAAGUGAAGGAGCAAUUUUGCAUCGUAGGAAUGUCCAGGUUAGGAGAUGAGAUGUGAGAUGGUAGUCAAAUGACAUGGUUGAAAGUGACCCAUGGUUAGACCGUCUCAGUUUGAGUUUUGCAAUUUGUGCAGUACCAGGUUGAAAUUCCAAGUUACUACUAUAGAUAGUACAGUGCAACAAUUAAUGAGAGAAUUCCAUAUUUGCCAUAAAGAAUUUGCCCGUAUGCUCAAA